CUCGCACUGAAUGACAUUGCAUAUAAUGAACAGUAAAAACAAUAAUAAUAAUCAACCGUAAUAUAAAAAAAUAAUUCAACUACAACGUGACGAUAAGCUUUACCACUUUUUAUUCAAAAGAAACUAAAAUACUAAAAUAAACCUGCCAAAUCACAUUUCAAUCUAGCUACUCAGUACUUAAUUACUUUCGUAGCUCUUAGCACAUAAAUACAUAUCGUACUGUUAUCAGAUUUUUGUUUGUAAAUAAAAUCUACACUUAAUAUAUAUGUACAUAUAAAUAAACAUACAUACAUAUAUAUAUAUACAGUAGUGGCUUAUCUCCAAUAUUUAUCUGUCGUGCAAAAUUUAACUAUUAAUAAUGUCGCAUGAAGAAGUACGUAUUGAAGUGACGGUUAAGCAAGGAGCGUUGGUGGGAGUUAAAAACCAAUUGGAUAAUAAUUUUACUUAUUAUUCUUUUAAAGGAAUCCCUUAUGCAAAACCGCCAGUGGGAAAUUUAAGAUUCAAACCUCCGCAAAGUUUAGAAAAAUUUAAUGAUAACCCAAUUGAUUGCACAAAAGAACGCAGCCCUUCAUUUCAAACAAAUAUGUUUACUAAAGAGUUUGAAGGAAGUGAGGACUGUUUAUAUCUUAACAUAUAUACCCCGAGUUUGGAAAACAAUUCAAACAUUAAAACAUUUUACCCAGUUAUGUUUUGGAUUCACGGCGGCGGAUUUUCAAGUGGUUCAGGUAAUAGCGAUUUGUACGGACCUGACUACAUUAUAAAAGAAAAUAUAGUGUUGGUAACAAUCAAUUACCGUUUAGGUAUUUUUGGUUUUUUAAGUUUCCCCGAAGGGGGUAUUUCUGGAAAUGCAGGACUCAAAGAUCAGCAAAUGGCAUUAAAAUGGAUACAUGAAAAUAUAAAAAAUUUUAAUGGCGAUCCUAACAACAUUACGCUGUUUGGAGAAAGUGCGGGGGCUGUUUGUGUUCAUUAUCAUUGUCUUACAGAAACGUCGAGAAAAUAUUUUAGGAAAGCUAUUAUUCAAUCAGGAACCGCAAAAAUGCAUUGGGCUUUACAAGAAGACCCUUCAUAUAAAGCCAGAAAAUUAUCCGAGCUUCUUGGUUUAAAGAAAUCGGCUACUGAUACAGAAAUUAGUGAAUUUUUAACUAGUUACAGUGAUAUUAAAAAAAUGCAUCAAAACAUGUAUAAUGUAUUGUCACAGAGGGAGAAAAAGCGGGAUGUGAUGAUGCCUUUCAGACCGUCCCUUGAACCUUACUCCGCAGAUGCUAUGAUUAUUUGUCCUUUUAGUAAUAGCAUUAAGGAUCAAAAUUUACAAAAUUUAUCUAUUAUAUUUGGGUGUACUUCAAGUGAAGGUAUGGUGAUUUUAGAAAAUGAAUUCCCACGUCUGGAAAAAUUUAAUGGAUCAGAUUACGCACGAUGGGUUCCAUAUAAAUUUGGUAUCUCAGAAUCAGAUAGUCGAUUCUCAAAAAUUAUAAAUGAGAUUAAAACAUUUUAUAUGAAAGAUUCUGAAGUAAAAAUGGAUAAUUUGAACCCGUUUAUAAAUUAUUUGAGUGAUAUUCAUUUUAUUUAUGAAUUUUAUAAUACAAUUCAAGAGCAUAUCAAGUAUCAACCAAGCAGUAAUUUAUACGCUUAUAAGUUUUCUUUUGUCGGUGAACUAAAUUUAUAUAAAAAUUUGCUAGGUUAUAAACACUUAGAUGGAGCAGCCCACGCUGAUGAAUUGUUUUAUAUUUUUAAGCAAACUUUAUUUAUGAAUUACGAUUUGAAACCAGAAACUAGAGAAGAUAGAAUUGUACAAACUAUGUGUCGCAUGUGGAUGAAUUUCGCUAAAUAUGGAAACCCAACCCCUUCAAUGAGUGAUGUAAUAGAUUUUAAGUGGGAUCCAGUUGGAGAAAAAAACAAUGAAAAUGGUGAACUAAAUUUUUUGGAAAUAAAUGAUCGUUUGGAAAACCAAAAAUAUUUUUGGGGCGAUAGGAUUAAAUUUUGGAAAGAUAUGGAAAGUAGUUAUCUCGUCAGAGAUAACACGUUUUCGAAGUUGUGAGCUUUUUUUUUUGUUUGUUCAAUGACUUUAAAGGUAAAUAGUAAAUUUAUACGAAGUCAUUGAGUUAAUUUAUUUUUGGUUUUAUAAUUAAUUAUACAUAAUUCUUCAUACAGUAAGAGUGUUUUUUAUUGAAAAUGAAGUAGAUUUAUUGGUUUGUGGAACCGAUUGAAUGCUAAAAGUUGAUUGAUUUGUAGAAAUUGUACAAAAUAUUAUGUAUAAUGAUUUAAAAAAAAAUUCUUUUUGUUUCGCUUACGAUUAAUUAAAAUGAGAUAUCUAUAAAUAGAUUAGGCAGAGUACAAAAAGUAUAGUGGUACUUAGUAAGUUUUGUUUUAUUAUUUGGGUAGUUAUGUGCAUAGAUAUUCGAUAGUUGUAGGCGUUCUUCACUUGAAGUUUAAUUUUAACCUAUCAUGUGUAUAAUAUAUGAAAAUAAUUUGUGCAUUUCUUUCUUUUUUUUUUUAAAAUCAUAAUACAUAUAAUUCUAAUCAUAAUACAUAUAUAUAAUAAAAUUUAAACAAGUUUGGCAAUAGGUUUUCAAAUUUUUAUUUCUAUAUUACAGAAAUCGUCUCUUUUAAAAAUACACAUUUUUGUUAAUUUAUAUUUUAUUAAUAGAAUACAAUAUAGUUUGAAACAUUAACCACGCUACCUAUUUGUUUAUAUAUUACUUUCUUUUUAAUUGAUUAAUAAAGCAUUAGGAAAACAAAAUUAUAUUAUUUUAUCACAUUGUUAACAAUGUCCAAAUGACCGAAAUAAUGUAGUAUGUAUAUAUACGCAUAUAUCUGUAUUCGUAUUUUAUUAUUAGAAAAAAAAAAUAAUUCACUUAUGCUAAACCAAUUAACAAUUAUUAGAUCUAUUUUUAAUAUUACAUAAU